UUCUCUCCUCCCCACUACCUCUCCAUACAGGGUACAAAGAACAACAGACGCUGGUUUCUUUCUGGGUCUCAUAUUUGGAAAUCUUCUUAAUAGAUACAUUUUCAGUUGAGUGCAGUGCAGGUACCAGCCAAAUUUCUCUAACAGAUUUUCUGGACAUCUCUAUUUUCUUGACACUACAUCACAUCAUCAUCAUCAUCUCUGAACGCAAGCGCGCACCCACCGCAGGUGCCAAUCACUUUUCCUCUCCUUCCUCUGUUCCAACUGUUGUCAUUUUCUUCUGAUUUUCGUUUUUGUUACAAAUUCAGUUUUGUUUCUUACAUCUUUCAUACUGGUUUGCACUUCGUACCAUUAAUUUUUUUUACUCUUGAGAUUUUCGGCUUAAAUUUAGAUCAGAUCUAAAAAUAAAGUGAACACGGACAGAUUACAGACACAUAACUGUAUGCCCUGCUAGUACUUUGGGGUCAGGGAGAAUCCCAUUCUUUGUGUGCAAAUGCAAAACAUCCAUACCAGGCUAAUUCCUUGACAAAAUCUCAACCCCAAGACACAAAAAACAAAAAAAAAAAAAAAAAUGAAGAUAUUAUGCAGGGUACAACUGUUGCAGCACGGCAUCUUUCCUUUGUUUAUGCUGCCCCUACUCCUCACUUGGACACGAGCCAAUGAUGAUGUGCUCAUGUUGAUGGCUUUCAAAAAAUUCUCUGUUACCUCAGAUCCUCAUGCUAUCUUGGUUAACUGGACUGAUACUUCUUCCAGCCCCUGUUCCUGGCAGGGAGUCACUUGCUCUCUUGAUGGCCGUGUUUCCACUCUCGACCUCAGCUAUGCAGGUCUUGUUGGGAGCCUGCACCUCCCUAAUCUUACCGCCAUGUCCGCCCUCCGCCGUCUCUAUUUGCAAGGGAAUUCCUUUUCUGCCGGGGAUCUCUCUGCCUCAUCCUCCUGCAUGCUCGACACCCUUGACUUGUCCUCCAAUAACUUCUCCGACCCCCUCCCGGGCCAAGGACAAUCCUUUUUCUCUUCUUGCGAUCGUCUGGCUUAUGUUAAUAUGUCUCGAAAUUCAAUUCCUGGGGCUAGGGAUCGGAUACCUUUUGGUCCUUCUUUGCUGCAGCUUGACCUUUCUCGCAAUAAGAUUUCUGAUUCGGCCCUCUUGACUUACUCUCUUUCUAGUUGCCAGAACUUGAAUCUACUCAAUUUUUCUGAUAACAAGCUCGGCGAGAAGCUCAGUGUGACUCCCAUUUCUUGCAAGAAUUUGUCAAUUCUUGAUCUCUCAUACAAUUUGUUAUCCGGGGAGAUACCGCCUUCUUUUGUGGCUGACUCUCUCAGUCUCAAGCAUCUUGAUCUCUCAUUCAACAACUUCUCCGGCAACUUCUCCUCCCUCAACUUCAGCCGCUGCAGCAACCUCACCAUGCUCAAGUUAUCUCACAACAGCCUUCCUGAUACCCAGUUCCCGACGAGUCUGGCUAGCUGUACACUUCUUGGGGUGCUUGACUUGUCCCAUUUGGGCCUGAAAAACAAUAUUUCGGGUUCCUUGUUGGGAAAUCUCAAGAAUUUGAGGCAUCUAUCUCUGUCCCAUAAUCAGUUCACUGGUGAAAUCCCUCCCGAGUUAGGACAGGCUUGUACUAGUCUUGAAGAGCUUGACCUUUCAUUCAACAAGCUUGAAGGUGGCUUGCCUGCGCCUUUUAUGUCAUGCUCUUCUCUGCACAGUCUGAACCUAGGGAACAAUCUGCUCUCAGGAGAUUUCCUCAAUACAGUUGUGAGUAAUGUCAAGAAUUUGAGAUAUUUCCAUGUGCCAUUCAACAACAUAACUGGUUUUGUGCCAUUAUCUCUCACUAAUUGUACUCAGCUUCAAGUACUCGACCUCAGUUCUAAUGGCUUUACAGGGACUAUCCCUCCAGGAUUCUGUUCUUCCUCGACCUCAGCCCUGCAAAAGAUUCUUUUAGCCAACAACUAUCUCUCAGGAACAGUGCCGUUGGAGCUUGGAAGCUGCAAGAGCCUAAGGACAAUUGAUCUCAGUUUCAACAGCUUGAUUGGUUCUAUUCCCUCAGAGAUUUGGACCUUACCAAAUCUUUCGGACUUGGUUAUGUGGGCGAAUAAUCUCACUGGUGAGAUCCCAGAAGACACUUGCUCUAAUGGAAGAAACUUGGAGACCCUCAUUCUCAACAACAAUCUCAUAAGUGGAACCAUUCCAGAGUCCAUUGGCAACUGUACUAAUAUGAUAUGGGUGUCACUUUCCAGCAACCGCCUUACUGGACAAAUCCCUGUUGGUUUUGGAAAUCUUCAUAAACUCGCUAUCUUGCAAUUGGGUAACAAUUCACUCACUGGACAGAUCCCUCCUGAACUAGGUAAUUGCCAGAACCUCAUUUGGCUUGACUUAAACAGCAAUGCCCUAUCUGGAAAUCUACCACCAGAGCUUGCCAACCAAACUGGCGCGGUCAUCGCUGGCGUUGUUUCCGGGAAGCAAUUUGCGUUCAUAAGAAAUGAAGGUGGAACAGCAUGCAGGGGUGCUGGAGGUUUGCUUGAAUUUGAGGGGAUGCGAGCAGAGAAGCUUGAAAGUCUCCCAAUGGUUCAUUCUUGCUCAUCCACCAGAGUUUAUUCUGGCUUUAUUGUUUAUACUUUUUCUAGUGAUGGUAGCAUGAUAUACCUUGAUCUCUCUUACAAUUCCUUGUCUGGAACCAUUCCUGAGAAGUUUGGUAUGAUGAGCUACUUGCAAGUCUUGAAUUUGGGACACAACUUGCUAACUGGAGAUAUUCCUGACAGCUUUGGAGGUUUGAAAGCUAUUGGAGUUUUAGAUCUCUCUCACAAUCAUCUUCAAGGCUAUCUGCCAGUUUCGUUAGGGACUCUCAGUUUUCUUAGUGAUUUUGAUGUUUCCAACAACAACCUCACUGGUCCAAUCCCCUCCGGAGGUCAGCUAACCACUUUCCCAGCAUCCAGAUAUGAGAAUAAUUCAGGCCUUUGUGGGGUACCAAUGCCUCUGUGUGGCUCUGGAAGGCACUCAACAGAAUUACAUAGUCGGGGAAGAAAGCAAUCUAUGGCAACAGUAAUGGUGGUUGGCAUCACAUUCUUGAGUAUUGUUGCAAUUAUAGUAGCAGUAGUAAUCGUCCGAUUACAAUUACAAUCGAGAGAAUUACGACGAGAUGGAGAGAGUUAGAGACAGAUAGGAGAGAGAGCAAUCGCUUGCAAUUGGCAGCAGAGAGACUCUCCAACCCAAAUCCAACCUCUUCCCUUGGGAUUCGACUUGAGAUCGGAAAUGUACUUAUUUUUGCUUUGUGGUGGGCUAAUUCUCUCCAAGCCCCUCAGGCCCAUGUGUACACAAAAAAUGCUUUAGAGGCCCAAUCUGGGACCAACAAUAACAAAACAGUCGUUGCAUU